CCCAUGGUAACUCCGCAGCUCCCGCGUCGCGCUUCCGGGCGGACGAGCAGCACGCUCCAGUGAUGUCACGGCGCCACUUUCCGGCUGGUGGCAGAGUCCGACGAAGUUGUGGUGGCUGGGGGCGCCAUGGGAGCCACUGGCGACGCCGAGCAGCCGCGGGGACCCAGCGGGGCCGAGCGGGGCGGCUUGGAGCUGGGGGAUGCGGGCGCAGCGGGACAGCUGGUUCUCACGAACCCUUGGAACAUAAUGAUAAAGCACCGGCAGGUGCAGCGGAGGGGCCGCCGCUCACAGAUGACAACAAGUUUCACAGAUCCUGCCAUCUCUAUGGAUCUCCUCCGAGCUGUCCUGCAGCCUAGCAUCAAUGAGGAGAUCCAGACUGUCUUCAACAAGUACAUGAAGUUCUUCCAGAAGGCAGCACUGAACGUGCGAGACAAUGUUGGGGAAGAGGUGGACACAGAGCAGCUGAUCCAGGAAGCCUGUCGGAGCUGCCUGGAGCAGGCUAAACUGCUAUUUUCAGAUGGAGAAAAAGUAAUACCCAGAUUGACCCAUGAGCUUCCAGGAAUAAAGCGUGGCCGACAGGCAGAAGAAGAAUGUGCCCAUCGAGGAAGCCCCCUUCCUAAAAAGAGGAAAGGACGGCCUCCUGGACACAUCCUGUCAAGCGACCGGGCAGCCGCCGGCAUGGUAUGGAAACCAAAAUCCUGUGAACCAAUUCGCCGGGAAGGCCCUAAGUGGGACCCAGCUCGCCUGAAUGAAUCUACCACCUUUGUGUUGGGAUCUCGAGCCAACAAGGCGCUGGGGAUGGGGGGCACCAGAGGAAGAAUCUACAUCAAGCACCCACACCUCUUUAAGUAUGCAGCUGACCCCCAGGACAAGCACUGGCUGGCUGAGCAGCAUCACAUGCGGGCAACAGGGGGCAAGAUGGCCUACCUCCUCAUCGAGGAGGACAUCCGGGACCUUGCGGCCAGUGAUGACUACAGAGGAUGCCUGGAUCUGAAGCUAGAAGAAUUGAAAUCCUUUGUCCUACCCUCCUGGAUGGUGGAGAAGAUGAGAAAGUAUAUGGAGACACUACGGACAGAGAAUGAACAUCGUGCUGUUGAAGCACCUCCACAGACCUGAGGCCAGGUCCCCUGGCCACACUUGGCAGCCCUCCUCCAAAGCCCUCUUCUUCACACGGCUGAGGCCACCGCUGGGACUGCUCCUAGAUGGAUCUCAGCGGCAUUAAGCUGUGCCUGAGCGAGUUUGUAGUGACUCAUUGCACAGCACCCCCAGACUGGCAUGUGGUUCCAUAUUUGUAAAGUUAUUGGGAUAAGAAACAAUUAAACAGUUUGUAAUUAACACAGA